CUGGGUUCUCCUAUGACUUGCUAGCAAAAAAUUGCAAUCACUUUUGUGAUGAGUUAUGUGAAAGGCUUGAUGUUCCAAAACUUCCAGGUUGACAAGCUUCCAAUUACGUAAUUCUUCUUGAUCUACAGCUAAUUGAGAAAUGGCUUCAUUUCGUGUCACCGUUGUAUGCUUUUGGAAUGGUUCAAUUCGAUCAACUAGUAAUAAUGUUAAGUAUGUUGGGGGAAAACGUAAACUGUUUGCAUGCAACUCAUACAUGGAUUUGAAUGAAUUUAAACAUUUUAUAUGCUUUAGGAUUGGCAUUGACACUACAAGAAGUACUGUUAAUUUAAGUUUUAAAUACAAUCUGAGUGGAGAUUUGUUAGCUUUUCCGGUUGAGGAUGAGGAAGCUAUAGAUGCAAUGUGGGAGUAUUCAAGGUCUACCCCUAGUCCUUCUUUAGAGUUAUAUGUAGAAGAGGUAACCCUAGGGAACGAAGAUGUGAACGUAGUGGAAACAAAUGCAUUUAUGAAUAUAACUCCUUCUGCUCCUUCUCAUACGCCCUUCCCUACCCAAGAAACCCAAAAUCCCUUUAUGCCAUCUUCCUCUUAUCCUUCUAAUGAACCCAAUCAACUUCAAUUUCAAGUGACAAAUGAUGAUACUUGUAACUUAGAAGAUACAAAUGAGCCUUGGGAUGAUGUUAUUAGUGAGAGUAAUGAAUUCGUUGAAGCUCCUUCUGAGGAUGAUGUUGGUAUUGACGAGGAGGCUUUAGCUAAUGACAUGACUUUAGGAAACAUUCCAACAAUCGUUGCCCCUACACCUUAUGCACUGGUUCCCCCUCUAGAUGAACACAUUGAGGACAACUCUUGGAGGUCUUGGGAUUGUGAUACAACCUACACCGACGAAGGAGAGUUUCAAAAGGGUAUGAUGUUUGACAACAAGGAUGCCUUGUUAGACGCUGUUAGAUUGUAUCAUAUUCGUAGGAACGUUGAGUACAGAAUUGAGACUUCAAAUCAAACCGUGCUCACGUUGAAGUGUAAGAGAGGGUGUGGUUGGAGGCUUAGGGCUAGGAAGACCUCCUAUUCACCGUCAUGGGAGAUAAUUACUUAUAAAGGGAAGCACGGGGGUUGUAUUUUAAGUACUGAAAACGUGUCAGCUGGGCACAUUCAUUUGACAUCUUCCGUGAUUAACAAUCGUAUUAGAAAUUGUGUUGCUCAAGACCCAUCAAUUAAGGUUUCUGUUGUCCGGCAAAUGGUCAAAGACCAAUUCGGUGUGGAAGUGACCUAUAAGUGGGCUUGGUGUGCUAAACAGCAAGCCCUUCUCUCCAUCUAUGGUACGUGGGAAGAUUCUUAUCCUCUUCUUCCACGCUUCCUGAAGGCACUGCAAAUUUUAAACCCCGGUACCGUAGUUGAGUGGUUCUUUAAGGAAGAUAAUGAUGUCGGUGUGUAUGUCCGUCCUAGUAUUAGAACUUUCCAACGCGUGUUUUGGGCUUUCCAACCUAGUAUUGAGGGAUUUAAGUAUUGCAAACCCGUUAUUGCCAUUGACGGAACACAUUUGUAUGGUAAGUAUCGCCAUACGUUGUUGACUGCGAUUGCCCAAGAUGGGAACAAGGGAAUAUUCCCGCUUGCCUUUGCUUUGGUCGAAAAAGAAUGCAUAGCCGCGUGGUCUUGGUUUAUAGGCUGUGUUCGUAAGCAUGUGAUGCAUAGUCCAGGGUUAUGCGUUAUUUCCGAUAGGCAUGCGGGCAUUCUAGCAACUAUGGAGGAGCCGGAAUGGCAACCUCCAAACGCCCAUCAUAGGUUUUGCUUGCGGCAUUUGUUAAGCAACUUCAAUCGUCAAAUGGGUAAUGUGAAGUUGAAGAGAAUGUUUGGUAGGACUGCAGAGCAAAGACAACCCAAAGUGCGCCGAUCGAGGGCUGCAGGCGCACCUACUACGGCGGAUUACAUGCCGUGGUUCCUCUCCAUUACUCGCCGAUGGAUGACACCAUGAGGUAUCUUGGCGGCAUCCCAGUACAAUCCCGCAGCACCGACGAUGACACACUUUGCACAGGGCAUUGCAUCAGUCAUCGGCUCCUCCCAAGAGGAGCCCGUACGGGAGAUUGCCCAAGGCAUACUCCUAGGCACGCAGUUUCAACACUUCAUUCCGGAAGUAAUUGCGCCCCACACCACUACGUACGCGUACGAGUCAUCUGCUCAUCAACCCGACGUUCAUCUUGAGGAGGUUGACUUAACGUGUCCGGACUACGGUGGCGGGUCCUCACAGGGUGCCACAUCAUCAAACUAUCAAUCCCCUCCCCUACCCGAGCGUCAUGCGACUGCAUCUUACUAUCGUAGGAGGCGUCGUAAACCGUCACAAUUAGACAGGGUACAGGAGGAGGAUUAGCAUUACAAUAGUUUUGUAAUUAUUUAACAUUUGUACAUACUCAUUUGUAACUGUUGGUCUUUUGUGUGUAAAUUGUAACAUAUAUGUACAUGUAUAUAUUUUUACCGUAGUAUCACACGUUUAUU